AUGUCGUAUUAUUUUCAGUCUGAUGAUUCAAGAAUGAGUUUCGAACACCGUUCCGUCGUCCGGCUCUUCAGCAACAGUUCAACAACAUCAAAUGGAAGCCGGAAAACGUCGGUGCCUUCGGCGGUCCUUGCAUCGGCGCCGUUGAUGUCUGCUGCUAUUGGUGACGGACUUGGCACACAACUGUUUGAACACUUUUUGAUAUAUUGCGAAGGAUUCGAGAUAAAUCAGCUUAAAGUUAUGGACGUGCCUCAACCGCAGUCCUUGUCCGCUGCCGCUCUUAUCAGUCCUGUCAAAAACAGUACGACAAGUGAUGCUAGUGGUAGUGGACAACAGCUUUGUAUUCGAAAAUCCAUCUCAAAUCCGUCAAGUCUAAGAGUUCAUGCUGGUCAUGAGUCGGCCAGUUUUAUUCACUUUCCUAGAUUCGAAUUUUCCCAUCACCUAAGUAUUCGACCAUUACUCAAACGAUUGCAUGAACAGGCUCAACGGAUUGAAGGCAAAGCAUUCGUUCGUCGUGGAGCACUUCGCCAGAAAAAUGUGCAUGAAAUCAAAUCGCACAAAUUCAUCGCGAGAUUCUUCAAGCAGCCAACGUUCUGCUCGCAUUGCAAGGACUUUUUGUGGGGUAUUACUAAACAGGGAUUCCAGUGCCAAGUUUGCACUCUUGUCGUGCACAAGAGAUGUCACGAGUUUGUCAAUUUUGCGUGCCCGGGAGCCGAUAAAGGAGUGGAUACCGAUGAUCCCCGCCAGCAACACAAAUGGAAAGUUCAAACAUACUCAUCGCCAACGUUCUGUGAUCAUUGUGGAUCGCUUCUGUACGGUUUAAUUCAUCAAGGAAUGAAGUGUCAGUCGUGUGACACAAACGUUCAUCAUCGGUGCGUCAAGAAUGUGCCAAAUAUGUGUGGAACUGACAAUACGGAGAAGCGAGGAAGAAUUCGAAUUGAGACGCACAUUGAGAAUGAUCAAUUAACCAUUAAAAUUCUCGAAGCCAAAAAUUUGAUCCCAAUGGACCCUAACGGACUCUCUGAUCCAUACGUCAAGUGCAAACUGAUCCCAGAAGAUUCUGGAUGUAAAUCCAAACAGAAGACCAAAACUCUCCGAGCAACUCUGAACCCACAGUGGAAUGAGACCUUCACCUACAAACUUCUCCCGGGAGACAAGGAUCGCCGUCUCUCCAUCGAAGUGUGGGACUGGGAUCGUACUUCUCGCAAUGAUUUUAUGGGAAGUUUAUCAUUUGGAAUCUCCGAGCUCAUGAAGGAAGCCGCUUCGGGAUGGUACAAACUGCUUAGUGCCGAGGAAGGAGAAUUCUACAACAUCAACAUCACUCCAGAAUAUGAUGAGGAUAUGGAGAAGGUUCGCAAGAAGAUGAACGACAACUUUAAAAUCUCCCGUGAUUCGAGUGCUGGAAAGCCACGAGAGUCCACUCCACGUGCCACGUCCACGUCGCUCACCAACACCAACCGUGAUGUCAUCAAGGCCUCCGACUUCAACUUCCUCACUGUCCUCGGAAAGGGAUCGUUCGGAAAAGUUUUGCUUGGCGAGCAAAAAACAACCAAGGAGCUCUUCGCGAUUAAAGUGCUCAAGAAGGAUGUCAUUAUUCAAGACGAUGACGUGGAAUGCACAAUGACUGAGAAGCGUGUUCUCGCGCUUCCGGAGAAGCCACCAUUCCUUGUCGCAUUGCAUUCGUGCUUCCAGACUAUGGACCGUCUCUACUUUGUCAUGGAGUUUGUCAACGGAGGAGAUCUCAUGUAUCAAAUCCAGCAAGUUGGGAAGUUCAAGGAACCAGUCGCCGUCUUCUAUGCCGCUGAAAUCGCCGUCGGCCUUUUCUUCCUUCACUCAAAAGGAAUCAUCUAUCGAGACUUGAAAUUGGAUAACGUCAUGCUUGAACGCGAUGGGCAUAUUAAGAUCACUGAUUUCGGCAUGUGCAAGGAGAACAUUUUCGGUGACGCCACCACCAAAACAUUCUGCGGAACUCCGGACUACAUCGCGCCGGAGAUCAUCUUGUAUCAGCCGUACGGCAAAUCUGUGGAUUGGUGGGCGUAUGGAGUGUUGCUCUUUGAGAUGCUCGCUGGACAACCACCAUUUGAUGGAGAGGAUGAGGAUGAGCUGUUCACAGCUAUCACUGAACACAAUGUGUCUUAUCCAAAAAGUCUGUCCAAGGAGGCAGUGUCUUUGUGCAAAGCAUUGCUCAUUAAGAACCCAUCAAAGCGGUUAGGAUGCACUGGAGAUGAUGAUUUGGCUUGCAGAGAUAUCAAGGAGCAUCCAUUCUUCCGACGAAUCGAUUGGUUCAAAAUUGAAACGCGUCAAAUUCAACCACCGUUUAAGCCAAAACUGAAGACAGAUAGAUCAACAGAAAACUUUGACCACAACUUCCUGAAACUUCCGACAAAGAUGACGCCGCCAGACUGGGAAGUGCUUGAAAAUCUCAAGGGCGACGAGUUCAUCAACUUCUCAUUCGUCAAUCCGUACUACGUCAAGGAUGUGGAACAGUAUGUCGUAUUUACACCGUGUUUCUUCCCCCACAGUAGUUUCCACCCCGUCCUCUUCUUCUCGAUGAUGCAUGCUUAUUAUGGUGAGAUCAGCAGCACUCUGGCACAUUUCAGGAUACAGAAAACAACAGUAAACUUGAUUUUCACAGAAAAAUGCACCCAAAAUACUCAGAAAACUUUAAUUUUCCAGAAAUCGGCCGACGACACCUCCAACUUCGAUGCCGAAUUCACACACGAGGUUCCGAAGCUUACACCAAUCGAUCGUCUCUUCUUGAUGAAUCUGGAUCAAACCGAAUUCGAGGGAUUCUCAUUCGUCAAUCCCGAAUACGUUCAAGAGUGCUAA